AUCGCCAUGUCCCACCAGACCAGCAUCCAAGCUAGUAAAGAUGUCCAAGUUAUCUUUGCCACAGCCAGAAAUGGAAAAUACAGACUUCUGAAAAUAUCUAUUGAAAAUGAGCCACUUGUGGUUGGAUCAUGUAGUCAGCCUUCAGGUUCCUGGGAUAAGGAUUAUGAUUCCUUCGUUUUGCCCCUGUUGGAAGACAAGCAGCCAUGCUAUAUACUAUUCAGGUUAGAUUCUCAGAAUGCCCAAGGAUAUGAGUGGAUAUUCAUUGGAUGGUUUCCAGAGCAUUCUCAUGGUCAUCAAAAAAUGUUGUAUGCAGCAACAAGAGCAACUCUGAAAAAGGAGUUUGGUGGUGGCCACGUUAAAGAUGAAGUAUUUGGUACAGUAAAGAACGAUAUCUCCUUACAUGAGUAUAAAAAAUAUUUGUUUCAGUCUUCCCUUGCCCCACUGACUGCAGCAGAGGAAGAAUUACUGCAGAUUAAAAUUAAUGAGGUACAGACUGUUGUGGGUGUGGACACUAAGCAUCAAACGCUACAAGGAGUAGCAUUUCCUAUUUCUCAAGAAGCUUUUCAGGCUUUGGAAAAACUGCAUAACAGACAGCUGAAAUAUGUGCAGUUGGAAAUAGAUAUAAAGAAUGAAGUUAUAAUUUUGGCCAACACAACAAAUACAGAACUGAAAGAUUUGCCAAAGAGGUUUGCAAAAGAUUCUGCACGUUAUCAUUUCUUUCUGUAUAAACAUUCCCAUGAAGGAGACUACUUAGAAUCCAUAGUUUUUAUUUAUUCAGUGCCUGGAUACACAUACAGUAUAAGAGAACGGAUGCUGUAUUCUAGCUGCAAUUUAGAAAUUGUUGAAAGACAACUACAAAUGGAUAUAAUCAGAAAGAUCGAGAUAAACAAUGGGGAUAAGCUGACUGCCUAUUUUCUUUCUGAGGAAGUGCAUCCUAAGCAGUAUGCACAUGAGCAAAGUUUUGCAAAACCAAAAGGUCCUGCAAGAAAAAGAGGGAUACGAAGACUUAUUAGGGGUGCAGCUGAAACAGGAGCGACUACUGAUUAA